AACAGGGAUUGGAAAGCAGAAUACAGUGAGUCACACACUUGGGUCUGGGCCUGCCUUUGGCUUACUCCUCCCUCAUUCUCUACCCUGCUUCCUGAGCUCUGAGGAAUCCUCAAGGAAACAUGCUCUCAAGAAAGUGGGUUCUCAGUGGCCUCCAGCCUGCAGCCCUCUCACCUCUUAGACCAGCGUUCCCACCACGGCUUAGGAGGCCUCUGCAGUACUCAGGUCUGGCAAGCUCAGCUUGGAGGUUCCUGUGGCAUCCGUUGGAGGGGCCCUGGGUCACUGUGUUUCCUCCCGGGGGUGACUUGGCAGUGCGAGGCUCUGUUUCCUCACUUCUGCAUUUGCCAGGCUACGACACAGAGGCUAGCGCUGGGGCUUAGACCCGGAGGGACACGCAGAGCCUACAGUGAGAAGUCUACAGGUCCUGGGGAUCCAAUCAGGCCACCAGACUUGACGCCAGGCGCCUCUAUCCACUGACUCAUCUCAUAGGCUGCUAACCUUAUUUAUGCAGGCUCUGCCUUCAUCUCCUCUCUCUUGAUCCUUGGGAUUAAGUUCCAACAUGGGGGCUGGAGAAAUGGCUCACUGGGCACACACAGCACCCCAUGAUCAGGUGACCCUUCCAACCCAGAGCAGUGCAGGCCAGAGCAAUGGAGCAAAACGAAUCCUCUCGUGUGGAUUCUGAGUUUCGAUACACCCUCUUUCCCACCGUUUACAGUGUCAUCUUUAUUCUGGGGGUGGUUGCCAAUGGCUAUGUGCUGUGGGUCUUUGCCCGCCUGUACCCCUCCAAGAAACUGAACGAGAUAAAGAUCUUCAUGGUGAACCUCACCAUUGCGGACCUGCUCUUCUUGAUCACGCUCCCGCUGUGGAUUGUCUACUACUACAAUGAGGGCAACUGGAUUCUACCCAAAUUCCUGUGCAACCUGGCUGGCUGCCUCUUCUUCAUCAAUACCUACUGUAGUGUGGCCUUCCUGGGUGUCAUCACUUAUAACCGCUACCAGGCCGUGGCCUAUCCCAUCAAGACUGCUCAGGCCACCACCCGCAAGCGUGGCAUCUCUCUGUCCCUGGUCAUCUGGAUUUCCAUCGUGGCUACUGCGUCCUACUUCCUGGCCACAGACUCCACCAACGUAGUACGCACAAAGGAUGGUUCGGGCAACAUCACUCGCUGCUUUGAACAUUACGAGCCACACAGUGUGCCGAUCCUAGUUGUUCACGUCUUCAUCGCAUUCUGUUUCUUCCUCGUCUUCUUUCUUAUCCUCUACUGCAACCUGGUCAUCAUCCACACGCUGCUCACGAGGCCCGUGCGGCAGCAGCGCAAACCGGAAGUGAAGCGCCGGGCGCUGUGGAUGGUCUGCACGGUCUUGGCGGUAUUUGUCAUUUGCUUUGUGCCCCAUCACGUGGUCCAGCUGCCCUGGACUCUAGCAGAACUUGGCUACCAGACCAACUUCCACCAGGCUAUUAAUGAUGCCCAUCAGAUCACCCUCUGCCUCCUGAGCACCAACUGUGUCUUAGACCCUGUAAUAUACUGUUUUCUUACCAAGAAGUUCCGAAAGCACCUCAGCGAAAAGUUUUACAACAUGCGCAGUAGCCGGAAGUGCUCCAGGGCCACUACUGACACAGGCACCGAGGUGAUGAUGCCGGCUGAUCAGACUCCUGUCAUGUCACUGAAAAAUUAAUUUCUGUCUUAGUAAAGUCAGACCCGGAGUCUCCUCUUCCGUGGACCUCACAGACUGAGCUGGGAGGCGAGGGGUUUCUGGUUGUGGCCAAUCCCUCCUGGGACCCUGGUGGACUAUUAAGUGUACCAGUUACUUUCUCACGGAGUAACUGCACUGGCAGCUUGUUGGAAAAUACCAAACUUGAAUGUUCCUUUUCACCCAUUUUUGGGUUAACAACUAGCGACUGUGGCUGAUUGGCUCAUAUGAAGCUUCAGAAUCUGACAUCGCAGCUAUGGCCAAACCUCGGGCUUAGACUCUGAGCCACCCAGUUCAUCCAACUGGGGCCGCAGCCUUAAGAAUUGGGCAGUAACAGCCGGGCGGUGGUGGCAUGUGCCUUUAACUCCACCCACAGGCACAAGGUCUUUGGCACACUUCCUAGAGGCAGUGGUUUGGUGGAAGCAUUUGACUGACCCAAUAACUUGCCUCAAAUGUAACCAGAUGAUAAAAUACAAACGCUGACCAGAAGCUAGGAUGGGAGUGUUAUGUCUUGAGGCAGCUGAAUUUCAGCCCAGGCCUCAGAGUUCUGAGAGACUGGAAGAGAGAUGGCUCCCUCAGGACACUGCAAUUUCAACUUGCCAACUGUGGCACUUGUGGCGGCAGCAGCAGCAGCUUUUGAUGACCUCUGGUGAUUUUUGAUGAGUGUCACAUUUCACUCACGGAGCCCCGCCUCCCUGUCAGAAACAACUCAAGGAAGGAGAGAUUUAUUUGACUCACAGUUUCAGAAGACUUCAGUCCAUCAUGGCAACGAAGACGCGACGGGGCAGCUCAGACUACGGUGGUAGGAACAGGAGGUCAUUCAUGUUUCAGUGAGCCAGGGGUAGGGAGCAACUGCCAGCCGCCUACUUCUAUAGCCAGGUCCUACCUCCUGACAGUUCCAUGGUCUCCCGAAAUAACAACGUUAGUGGGAGAUUAAAGAUACAGAACACGGCCCUGGGCCCGAGAGAUCAGGUAAUGCUAACAUGGACGGUCAGAGUUCUAUCCCAGAACCCUCACAGUGGAAAGAGAACAGACUCCUGCAAGCUGUCCUCCUGAUACACACUGUGGCACACGCAUGCCCACCUGCCCCAUACACACAAAAGUCAAUACAACAAAGCCAACAAACAUGACCUGUGGGGAUGAGGGUAUUUUAGAUUAAAAAAUUCAUGAACUAUUACAUUCAAGCGAGGUCCUCUUCUGUCCCCCUGUCUAGAAACCUCAGACUCAGAACUCUGAGGAACUUUUCCUGGUUUCCUGAGCCUUGUGCUCUUUAAAAAUAAUAAUAAAUAAAAUAAAUGUCUUUCCCUUCAGCUAGCGUCCCCUUGAAGUUGGGUCAGCUGAUUCCUGUCUGUCAGACAAGCAUAGGUCGGUAACCUGCUUGGGUUUAGGAUGAUGGCUAUGGGCUGUACCUAGCUGAAGGGGACCAGGUAGCUAAGGCAACACACUUGAACUUCAGCAUCUUACAAACUCAGGUUCAUGUCUUGCCUGUGCUUGGUGCUGUCUAGAAAGUGAGAAUUAGAUUUUCUACCUCUUGGUGUUAUUAGCUGGUAGGUACAACAUACCUCACCGGCGGUGAUGAGCAGGGCAUACUCAACUGACUCUUGGCUACUCAUCCCUGAUCCCACCCCCAGUCCCCUGAUAGGAAGUGAAGGGGUGCGAUUUGGACAUCUGGAUUCGGGAUGCUGUUCGGGGCUUUGCAGACUGCUUACUGAAGUCAUUUAAACUCUGGAGCCGUGACCGUGUCUGUGUGUAAAGUGAGCAGGCUGAGUGGUCACCUGGGUAGACAAAUGGCUUUUCAAAGAAAGCAGAUAUAGCGGGCAAGGCAAAGGCCCGAGAGAAACCACUGACACCGGUUCUCAACAUUCCCAGAACCGCCACCCUUUAAUACAGUUCCUCAUGUUGUGGUGACCCCCAACCAUGAACUGAUUUUUGUUGCUACCUUGUAACUGUAAUUUUGCUACUGUUAUGAAUCAUAAUGUAAAUAUUUUUGGAGGUAGAGGUUUUCCAAAGUGCUCUAAACACAAAGUUUGAGAAUCACGGCACUAGAGCCUGUAGAGAGAAGACAGCCUCCAGGGGCCAGAAUGCAUUUCUGUAAGCUUUCCCUUGAGACCCGGGAGGUUCGCUUGGCAGGAUUCCUUUUCUUCCUUAAGCUCAUUCAAAUGGGUGUCUAGUACCUUCAAUCAAACAACCUUCUCUAUGUUUCUAUGUGGAUACAGUAUAUUCCGAAUUUCACUCAUUUGCAUAUCCAUGUACCACAGCAUGUUUACUUAAUAAACAUUUUUUUGUUUUUAAA